AUCACGAAGUGCAUGCUUUCUUUAAUUAAUUGGAUGUGCCCUUUUCAAUCUUACUUACAUUAGUAUAUUGUAUAUACGUUUAAUAAUUGAUUACCUUAGAUUAAAUUAAUUAUUAGGUAUAAGAAAACAAGAAGCUCUUGUUUUGCAAUAAUGUCGCUUUGUAGGAAGCUAGCCUGUGAGCGGGCAGGCGUAGGUAGGUAGCUAGCUAGCUCGCUGCUGACAUAUAGGCUUGUCUCCAGUUUGGAUCAGCACGCAAUACGUAUGUGUAGAAAUUUAUGGAGAGAGUAGAGAUCAAAGGGUAGGCAGAGCAGGUGGCGCAAUGGAAGACGAAGAAGGAGGGAGAGGGAGAGGGAGAGGGAGAGGGAGCAGAGGGGAGACGACGAUGAUGAUGAAGAGGAGGAGGUAUUGUGUGACGGGGGCAUCUGGUUACAUCGGAUCCUGGCUGGUGAAGUCUCUUCUCGACAGAGGCUUUCUGGUUCACGCCACUGUUCGUAAUCCUGGAAAAUGUUCCCAUCUUUUGCCCCUGUGGAGUGGUGACGACCGUUUAAGACUCUACAGUGCAGACUUGCAAGAAGAAGGGAGCUUCGACGAGGCUGUGAAGGGCUGCUAUGGUGUAUUUCAUGUCGCAGCUUCAAUGGAAUUUGGCAUACCUACAGCAGAGAAUGUUGAGAACUAUGUUCAAUCAAAUAUCAUCGACCCUGCAAUCAAAGGAAUCGAAAACCUUCUCAAAGCUUGUUUGAAAUCAAAAUCUGUGAAAAGGGUAGUUUUCACAUCAUCCAUCAGUACCAUGACUGCCAAAGACAGCAAUGGGAAAUGGAAGCCUGUUGUUGAUGAAUCUUGCCAAACUCCCAUUGAUCAUGUCUGGAGUGCAAAAGCAAGUGGAUGGGUUUAUGCACUCUCAAAGCUUCUUACAGAGAAAGCAGCAUUCCAAUUUGCAGCUGAGAAUGGCAUUGAUCUAGUUUCGGUUACAACCACCACCGUUGGCGGUCCUUACUUCACUUCGGCUGUUCCAUCAAGUAUUCAAGUUCUUCUGUCACCAAUGACAGGUGAGCCAGAGUAUCAUCGGAUAUUAUCUGCUGUAAAUUCCAGAAUGGGGUCAAUAGCUUUAGUUCAUAUCGAAGAUAUAUGCAAUGCCCAUAUAUUUUUAAUGGAGGAGACUAGAGCAGAAGGUCGUUAUGUAUGCUGUACCCAAAGUUGUCUUAUUUCUGAACUGGUUAACUGCCUUGCGCAAGAGUAUCCUUGCUCAAAUAUACAGCGGUUUGAGGAGGAAGAACACAGUUCAAUCCCUUCAGAGAUUUCUUCAAAGAAGUUGAGAGAUUUGGGUUUUGAUUACAAGUAUGGUUUACAAGAUGUAGUCCAUCAAACAGUCAGGUGUUGUGUGGAUUGCGGCUUUCUACCUCCCAUUAAGAAGUAAUGGUUGUAGCCAUCGUUGACAAAGCUAACAGACAUUUAGCACACAAAAGUCUAAUGUAACUUUAAGCAGAAAUAAAUGAGGGAAGAAUUUUAAUGGUC